AUGACAAACAACAAUUUAGUUCCAUUCCAAGUACCUCGACUUACGAAAGAAAAUUAUAGUAGUUGGUGUAUUCGAAUGAAAGCUCUACUUGGUUCACAAGAUGUGUGGGACAUUGUUAGUAAUGGUUAUGAAGAACCAGAAAGUGAUAUAGCUUUGAAUCAAGCUCAAGGAGAAGCUUUACAAAAUACAAGAAAAAAAGAUCAAAAGGCUCUUACCAUCAUUCAUCAAGCCAUUAAUGGUAACAAUUUGGAGAAAAUUUCUGGAGCAACUACUGCAUAUCAAGCAUGGAAAAUUUUGGAGAAUACGUAUAGAGGAGUAGAUCGAGUCAAGAAGGUUCGCCUUCAAAAAUUGAAAGGUGAUUAUGAAUCACUACAUAUGAAGGAGUCUGAAUCAGUUUCAGAUUAUACUUCAAGAUUGCUAGCAGUAGUAAAUGAAAUUAAAAGAUUUGGUGAGACAAUAAGCGAUGAGCAAGUAGUAGAAAAGAUACUUCGCUCAUUGGAUGAAAAAUUUAUUUUCAUCGUGGUAGCUAUCGAAGAAUCAAAGGAUUUGAGUACAAUGUCCAUUGAUCAACUUAUGGGCUCUUUACAAGCCCAUGAAGAGAAGCUUCUUAAGAAGAACAAGCAGAUGACUGAGCAACUUUUUCAGUCAAAGUUGAAAUUAAAAGACAAGGAAGACAGCCUAGAAAAGGAAAUUGAGGUCGAGGACGUGAUGGUAAUCGUGGACUGGUGA